UAAGGAGCCUUGGCACAGCCACUCGUUCCUUGCUGACCCGGAGCUUUCCCGAGGUAUUACUCCUGCAGCCAUGAAUCCAGGCAGUGACGCAGAGCACAGACCUGCGAGCGUGCCCAAGCUGGCCUGCGGGAAGGAGGAGAAAGAAGGCCCUGGAGCUGCCCCAGCACAGCAGCCUGAAGAGGUGGAGCAGUUCCAGCCACUGCUGAAGGGUGCAGCCGUGCAGCGCACACGAGAGCAGGAACGCACCCGUGGCCGCUUCCGCAGAACAGCGCAGAUGGUUUGCAAAUUCAUGAAGAGGAUUCGGGAGGAAGAGAGCAGCAUCGUGAGCACUGUGGUCAGAGCGUACUCUCCCAUCUUCAAAACCAAGACCAGUGCUGCCCUGCUGGAUAUGCUUGUGCAGGAGGGUCCUUCCAGCCCAAAGCAAGUGCCUGCCAUGGUGAGGUACAUCCACCAGUGGCUGGUGGCCAAUGAGUUUCCUGAGUACAAUCUGUACAGGCCCCUUCUGGAUCUGACAGAGGCACAGCCCUCUGACGUGGUGAUGGCUCUCCUGCGUGUGGCCCCAGUGUGUGACAGAGCUGCUUUGGCCAUGUGGAAGAGCAUCAUGUGCUCGCCCAGGACUGCAGAGCCGGCCAUGCUCGUACUCCUCGAGGUGCUGGGGAGCUGGCCAGAGCACAGCACGUGCACCUCCGAUGGGGACCACACGGCUGUCCUUGCCCUGGCUGCAACCGUGGUGAUGUGGAAGAUCCUCCAGCUGCCCUGUGUGCCACAUGUAGUCACCGUGUGUUUCCCCUGCCUCUUUGUGCAUCUGCUCUUCCAAGUGCUCUUCAGCACUCUGGAUAUGCCAGAGGAGGUCGAUACCUACUGGAAGGGAUGCCAGCAGCAACACGGCCUUGCCACCAACCCCAGCAGCUUUGCAGAGCAGACCCUGAAGGCCCUGCUCUGCCGACUGCACUAUGAGGAUGUGGUGGUGGCCAUGGAAGACAAGGGUGGCUGGGACACGCUGCUCUGUGCUGACACCCACCACUGUGCUGUGGGCGUGCUGGCCAGAGAAAUGCGCCGCGCAUCCGAAGCCGUGUGUUCCGCGAUUGCAUUCCAGCUGCUCGGGCUGCUCAGCAAAGACACGCCAUGCCGGGAUUUGGCCGCCCUGGCGUUCCUUGUGGAGGUCCUGGAGCGCCUGAACCUGAGUGAACGCCGUGACAGCGUCCUGGAGUUCUUGUCAAAGAACCUGCAGAGCGAGUGCAGGGGGAGGCGUCGCUUGGCACUCAGAGGCCUCGUGGUGCUCGGCACCACCAGUGCCUCGAUGGCCAUAAGGAUGUGGAGCCUGCAUGAAAGGCUCGUGGAGCUCCUGCCGGAAAAUGACAGCGUCAUGCUCAGGAUGACCACAGGUCUCCUCAGAGCUGUAUUUCUCUGCAAUGGUGCCCCAAUAACCAGCACCCUCGCCCUGCAGCUGGCUGAGGCGCUCCUGCCACUCUUUGACAACGUAAGGCUCUGCGCCUCCAGCCACGGCCAGCGGGUGCUACCCGCACACUUUGUGCCCUGUGCACUUACAGGCUGUGCCCAGGUGGGCCUGAAGCAGCUGACGCUGAGGUCUUUCUUCCUUCCUUUCAUACAGGAGGAUAGCCAGGUGCAGUUGAGCUCCAUGUUUAUCUUCCGAGACAUGCUGGAUCAUUUUCCGGAAGAGGAAAAAAAGGCCCUGAAGGCACACGUGCGCCAGAGCCUGCUGCCACUCUCCUUCCACUGCCAUGAUGAGAACCAGCGAGUGGCAGAGGCUUCUCAGGAAACGCUGCUUUGUGCGGCCGAGUUCCUGAAGCAGAGGGAUCUCGAAAAGCUGCUGAAGAACCAGAAGCCGUGGAAGUUCACCGAGUGCCUGCUGGCAGAGGACAGCAGCAGCGUGGCCGAGCACCUGCGCCGGGCCCUGCCCUACCUGCAGAGCCCACAGGAGCCCCUGCGAGAGGCGGCCGUCAGGUUCAUGGGGACGGCCGGGCGGUACCUGAGGGGGAGGAAGGAAGAGCUCCAGCUCAUCUCUGAGGCCCUUGAAGGCAUGGCCAAUGACAUCAGUGUCCCUGUCGCAAGCCUGGCAGUUCAAACAUUGUACGUCCUCCAGGAAGCAGAGAGAGCUCCAUACUCCAUCUUUGACAACCUGCAUGAUCGGCUCCGCAGGGCAUGGAGGAGACGGCCUCGUCUGUCGGGGCUCGGCUGGCUGCGCUGCUGGAGCUCUGCAGAGAGCUGAUCCCAGAGGCUCUGUCUGCUGGGGCCACCCGAGCCAGCAGGAAUGUUUCGUUUCUUUAAGAUUGUUCUUUCUGUCUUUUUGUUUUACUUUAGCAUAUAAAUAUAGGAUGUGUUGUAA